AUGGUGUCCACACAGGAGUUGAAGGCUGCCUGCGACAAAGAUCAGCAGAAGGAACCACUUAUCUCGCACAAAAUCCCAAACCGUCAGUGGGAAACAGGUGGAUGCGAUAUCUUCCAUUUUGAAGACAGAGACUACCUCUGCGCAGUAGAUUAUUAUUCCAGCUACUUUGAAAUCGACCAACUUAAAGACAAGACUGGCAAUGAAGUGAUCGAAACCCUGAAGCGACACUUCUCAACACAUGGAAUUCCCAACAGGCUGCAGACUGACAAUGGUCCGCCCUAUAGUUUUCGUGAGUUCCAACAGUUUAUGACAAGCUAUGACAUUGAACAUGUUACUAGCUCUCCACAUUACCCACAAAGCAAUGGCAAGGCAAAAAAUGCUAUCAAGACAGCUAAGAAUCUGCUAAAGAAAUCCAAGGCAGCUGGAACAGACCUCUACCUAGCUCUAUUGGCUUGGAGAAAUACACCCUCUGAAGGCCUAGAAAGUUCUCCAUCACAAAGAAUGUUUGGUCGCCGUACUAGGACACUGAUUCCUACGACUAAUGAACUCCUCAAACCCAAAAUAGUUGAGAAUGUCCGAGGAAAGCUCUUGAAGAGAAAACAACUGCAAGCCAAGCACUACAACAUCAGUGCCAAGGAACUUCCGCCCCUGAGAAAAGGAGAAAUUGUGCGUGUAAAGCCUACAGACAGGUCUGGUAGAUGGUUCAAGGCUCGUGUAGAGCAGCAAGUGGAUGUGAGAUCAUAUGAAGUCAGGACCGAGGAUGGAAAGAUCUUCAGGAGAAAUAGAAGACACCUCCGAAACAGUAAGGAGCCAGCAUGCACUAGGGGCAACCCUGAGCCCAUCCACAUGCCGGAACAGACUCACCUGUCCGAAAGUCUCACCAUCCCCAAACCUGCUGUCAGUCCUCCAAAAACCAGUGCUCCUUUUGAGGUACCACCACUUAAAGAAUCUCGAUAA